AUGCCGAGGAUCCGAGGAAGUCACAGAGCUCUAGAGCUGCAAAUCCCGCGCCUUCUCGCUCCUUCUGUACCCCUCUCGCGUGCUCUCUUCGCCACUAUGAGAUUCCUAACCAGCCGCGCCGCCGGCAUCCCUGGCCCUUCGGGCUCACUGUGCGCGCUGCUCGUGCUGCUGCUGCUGACGCCGCCGGGGCCCCUCGCCAGCGCUGGUCCUGUCGCGGCCAUAGUGAGAGAGCUACGUUGCAUGUGUUUAACCACCACACCGGGGAUUCAUCCCAAAAUGAUCAGUAAUCUGCAGGUGAUCGCCCCAGGACCGCAGUGCUCCAAGGUGGAAGUGGUAGCCGCCCUGAAGAACGGAAAGGAAGUCUGUCUGGACCCAAACGCUCCUUUGAUCAAGAAAGUCAUCCAGAAAAUGUUGGACAGUGAAAAGAAAAAUUAAGAGAAAGGACCACGCAUUGGAAAAACUGUGCAGUUCUUCAGCAGAAGAGUUUUCUUGGGAUCUCUGGACCUAGGAAGACAAGAAGCAAGGGCCGAUUUUCCCCAAUGAGUUAGGUUUUUGUAUGAAUUCCCCACUAUGAGAGAGAGAUGGGAGGAGGGAAACUAUAUUUGUCCUUGCAGCUUUCUGCUCAGUUUAUGAUGUGUUUAGCAUAAUAUUUCCUGCUCCUUAUUUGUUGUUGUUUUAUCUGCUAUGUUAUUGGAAUCUUUGGCAAUUGACUAAAUUGUGGAUCAAGAAUCACUGGUUGUUAAUCUUCCAAGGUGACUAUUGUAUUUCUAGAACACAGUUCUCCUAGUGCUGUGGAAAAAGCUGUGCAUUUAAUCUGUGAAUGAUAUUUCAUUAGAAUGCUGUAUAUGGAGAUAAACUGUUAUCUUCACUCUCUCCUGAAAUAGGAACUGCUUUAGCAUUGUUUCUUGGAGGAUAUGUUGAAAAUUGUCUUACUCUUGAGGCUGGUUAACUAUUUAAGUUAUAUUGCAUUAGAAAUCUGGAUGUAUUAUACGUGUAGACACAUAUCUGUGUAGAAUAUAUUUCCUUAUUUAGAAUUUCUAAAUGUAUGAGUUCUAUGAGGACUAAUAUAUUCUUUUCCUAUAAAUUUAGACAUUUGAUGUCUUCUUCGUAUGGCAUAAUGUCAUGACUUACUCAUUAAACUUUUGAUUUUUAUGGUAUUUAUUAACUAUUUUAUUAGGAGUAUUGUAUUUCUAGCCACUAAAUAUAUAUUUUAGAUUGAUGAAGAAGCUAGGAACUAGGUAAAUUCCUUAUUUCUAGUUUUUAUAAAAAUACAUCCUUUUAGUUUUUUAAGAGUAAAGGCAAACUUAACAAUGAUCUAUACUUUGAAAGUUCUGAAAAAAAAUUCGAGCUUUUUGAUUAUACACUCAUCAUGUAGUUUAAAAAAAAUGCACUGCACUGCUAAGAUUUGCAGACACUUAUACUGUAUCUUUUUAAGUUUUUGACUGUUGUCUUACAAAGAAUAUUCAUCACAUUUACUAUCUUAAAAUUGCACUUUUUAAAUGUGUCUCAAUGGUUUAUGUUACUUCCUUUGUUCUAUGGGAAAAAAUAAAGAUUUAUAAAAUUUA